AUGGCAACCGUAUCUUCCAUGCCAGGUAGUUGGUCCUGGGAUGCUGUAGCUGCUAUCGAAUCAGUUCACGAGAAUUACCGGCCAGUAUCAACAACGCGCUCUAUCAACUUUUCCAAGAAAUUACUUCCAGUUCCUGACGCAGCAACAUCAUGGACUUUAGCAUCCUCAUCAAAUUCCAAUGAAGAGCAAUUAUUUAGUCUGAAGAGAAACAGCAGAACACGAUCGACAAAUCACUUAGCAUUCAAGUCAAUGACUGCAAACAUGUCUGAUACCACGGAUGUUGACUGGAAACGUUAUGAUCCACCAGCAGAACUCCUCAAUCAUCCCGACAACACAUCUGAAGAGAUCCAAGGGCUCUUACAAUCCUCGAUUGAUGCUUUGCAAGCAAGACAUUUAGAAGAGUCUCGAGAACUAGAAGCUGCGGCACGAGCCAGCAAACCACUAGGAAGAUCUCGACGCGUGUCUGGAAGACCAAGAGCCGAGUCGACAUUAGGCGCUGGUUUAGAUCAACUUGCAUACUCCGAGGAAGAGCGUACCAGUAUGGGUAGUGCCUCUUCAGUUCACUCCAAUGACUCUGGGUAUGGAUCACGAAGAGACAGUAAGGGUAAUUCUACGGGAUCAUCCCCGAGGGAGGAUAAGUCGUUCCUAUCUGGCUUGGCUUCGAAAUUCAAGCAUCGAAAAGAAUCGCGAAGUCCUUUGAGAAGGCUUGGUGAAAUGACAAGUGUUCUCACUUUGUCAAAAACAAACACAAACGAAGGUUUUGACGCCGCCGACACAUCAUUGACUAAUGAGUGUGUGUCUUGUCUCGACGACUUUCCACAAGUCAAAAUGGUAAAGUUGACCUGCCACAGUUAUUGCGGAGAUUGCUUCCAAAGACUUAUCAAGAACGCAAUGGAAGCAGAAGCCCAAUGGCCCGUAAAAUGCUGUCUCAACCCCAUUCCCUACGCCACCAUACGACCCCAUCUCGACACCAAAACCACACAAGCAUAUCAAAUCCGCCUCGACGAAUGGUCCAUCCCCGCAGGCGACCGAGUCUACUGCUCCUCACCCACCUGCAGCACGUUCAUCCCGUCACGCGACCACAUUACCAACAAGAACAUCGCAACCUGUCACAAAUGCCGGCAAAGCACAUGCGUGAUAUGUCGCGGCGCCGCGCACAGAAACACAGAAUGCCAACAAGACCCCGCUGUCAUCGCAACGAACCGUCUCGCCGAGCUCGAGGGCUGGAAGAGAUGUUACAGCUGUCAAGCGCUUGUUGAGCAUAAUACGGGGUGCAGACACAUGACGUGUCGCUGCAAAGCGCAAUUCUGCUAUAUAUGCUCGGCGCGCUGGCGGACCUGCGAGUGUACGGAUGCGGAAUUGACGGUGUUGCAAACGGAGGCGACGAGGAGACGAAUGCAAGAGGCUUCGCGGGUGGCGAGGAAUAGGGAGUUUGAGGAGGAGGAGAGGAGGAAUGUGCAGCUUGUUGAGGAGUUUAUUGCGCGAGAGAAUGCGGCUGCGGAGGCGAAACGGACUGAGGAAGAGAAAGUUCGAAGACUGGAGGAAGAGGCGAGACGAGCGAGUCUAAGGGAUCAAUUUCAAGAUUUGGCCGUCGAGUUGGAGGAUUUGCAUGUUUACCAGCGCAUCCAGAUUCAAUCUCGCCAGCAAUACGAAGCCAAAGUGCUUGAUAAGCAGUUCAGCGCUCAGCUCACCUCUUUAAAGAGUACUCAGUCGGCCGAGAGUGCGAAAUUGGAUUCUGAAACUAGUGCCAAACUGCAAGAGUUGGAAACCCAGUUCAUGGCCGAAUACACUUCCCGGGUCAUCGAGGAAAACCGGGCUGAAGCCGAGCUCAUCAUGGAGCUUCAAGAACGAUCGCAAGGCCAAAAAGGAAUGGAAUAUACGAUUCGCAAAUCCAGAGGUGAGUUGAGGAGGGAGCAGGAGGAUAAACAUCAGGUGUGGGAUCUUGAGCGACGGGACAAGACCAGAUAUCUAGAGGAACGAGUAGAGUGGUGGAAAGAUGACGUGGCAAAGAAACACAAGAAUGAAAAGAAGCAGUUAGAGGAACGAUGGGAACUUGAAAAGGUGGAAGUAGAAAAUAAGGUUGAUGCUACCCAGAGAUGGGUGGAGGAGGUGAUUGCGGAGAGGCGUGGCAGACUGAGAGAUCUGGAAGCAGAGGUAUUGGGGGAUGCUCAGAUUCGUAUUAUAGGCCCGCAGUCGACGUCGAGAAAUUAG